CAGAGUCAGACACCCGGGCAGAGCGACAGACCGACACACCGGCACACACCGGCGGCAGCACUGCCGGCCCUGCCCCGCCGCCGCGGGCUCGCUGCGCACCAUGGCCCCGCGGCUGCAGCUCGGCCCCCUGCUCCUCGCCCUCGCCGCCUGUCUCGGCGCUGCCCGGCUCGGUGCCGGAGCAGCCGGCGGCAUGAGGGGCCCGGCGGCCGAGGCGUGCGCAGGGAGGGGGCUGUCAUCAGUCACAAAGAACAAUGGACUAGUCAAUAUCACCUUUAAAUAUGACAACUGCACUCCUUACUUGAGUUCGGUGGGAAGACACAUGAUUGGAGAUGUGCAGAACAUCACUAUCAGUCAGUUUGCAUGCCAGGAGCAGGUGGCUGUGAUGAUUCUUUGGACAGCAAAUGCCAUUGGGGUUGAAUACCUGAAGGGAUUUCGAGUAAUACUUGAGGAGUUAAAAUCAGAGGGAAGACAAUGCCAGCAGAUGGUUUUAAAAGAUCCAAAGCAGCUCAGCCCCAAUUUUAAACGAACAGGGAUGGAGUCCCAGGCCUUUUUAAACUUGAAGUUUGAAACAGAUUAUUUUGUAAAGAUUGUUCCUUUUCCUUCCAUUAAAAAUGAAAGUAAUUAUCACCCAUUUUUCUUCCGAACUAGAUCAUGUGAAUUGUUGCUACAGCCAGAAAACCUUGUCUGCAAACCUUACUGGAAGCCAAGGAAUGUGAAUGUUACCCAGCAAGGUUUUAACAUGCAAGUGUCUUUUGAUCAUGCUCCUCACAACUUUGGGUUUAGGUACUACUUUCUUCACUACAAACUGAAGCAUGAAGGGCUGUUUAAGCAAAAGACCUGCAAACAGGAGCAGAACACAGACACUACAAGUUGUAUUCUUCAGAAUGUGUCUCCAGGGGAUUAUAUCAUUGAGCUGGUAGAUGACACUAAUACAACAAGGAAAACGAUGCACUAUGCACUAAAACCAGUGCACUCCCCGUGGGCUGGCCCGAUCAGAGCCAUUGCCAUCACUGUCCCUUUGGUUGUCAUCUCUGCGUUUGCCACGCUUUUCACAGUGAUGUGCCGCAAGAAACAGCAAGAAAAUAUAUAUUCCCAUCUAGAUGAGGAGAGCUCAGAAUCUUCAGCAUAUGCUGCAGGUCUCCACGUGGAAAGACUUCGUCCCCGGCCAAAAGUGUUCAUCUGCUAUUCCAGUAAAGAUUGCCAGAAACACAUUAAUGUCAUCCAGUGCUUUGCUUAUUUUCUUCAGGACUUUUGUGGCUGUGAGGUGGCUUUAGAUUUGUGGGAAGAUCUGAAAAACUGUAAAGAAGAUCAGAAGGAGUGGCUUAUUAAAAACAUAAAUGAAUCCCAGUUUAUCAUCAUUGUGUGUUCCAAGGGAAUGAAAUACUUUGUUGAAAAAAAGAACUGGAAGCACAGAGGAGUAGCCAAAGAUGCAGGAAAAGGAGAACCCUUUCUCUUUGCUGUGUUGACUGUUGCAGAGAAGCUUCGUCAGGCAAAGCAGAAUUCAGCUGAGCUCUGCAAGUUCAUUGCAGUCUACUUUGAUUACUCCUGUGAGGGAGACAUCCCUGCUAUUCUGGAUCUAAGCACAAAGUACAAACUCAUGGACAAUCUCCCCCAGCUCUAUUCACACUUACACUCCAGAGAUCUUAGUGUACAGGAUUCAGAGGUGUUUCCUGUUAACAUUAGUAAAAGGAAUUAUUUCAGGAGCAAAUCUGGGAGGUCCCUUUAUGUUGCUAUUUGCAAUAUGCAUCAAUUCAUUGAUCAGGAACCAGAUUGGUUUGAGAAACAAUUUAUUCCCUUCCCUCCACCUUCUUUACACUACUCAGAGCCUGUCAUGGAAAAAUUUGAUUCAGGCUUGGUUUUAAAUGACUUGGUGAAUAAACAGAUGAUGGAUGGUGAUUUUUACCUGAAAACAGAUCUAAACAUUUCAGUGGGGAAUUCAGACUCUCACUGUAUAAUUCAGCACUUAAACCUUGGAGAAGAUGUAGAAACUCAGGACAUUCAAGGUGGUGGCAGCUCUGUCCUUCAGCCAUUGUUACAUGUUGUUAAAGCUUCAAAUCUGAAAGACAUGCCUCGAGAUUCUGGAAUCUAUGAUUCAUCUGUUCCUUCAUCUGAAUUAUCUUUACCUUUAAUGGAAGGACUAUUGACAGACCAAAUGGAAACGUCUUCCAUUACAGAAAGUGUUUCUUCAUCAUCAGGUUUAGGGGAAGAAGAACCUCCUGUAAUGACUGCUACAAAAUUCUUAGUGCCUGGAAUAUGUAAAGCAGAACUUCAUUGCCACAUCCACACUGAUGAACUGCAGGCAAUUGCUCCUUUAUAAUACAUUACAAAGUUGUUAUGCAUUGCCACUUUAUCCACAGCCUCUGUUUGUGCUUAAACUACCACACUGUCUCAGCACCAAAUCUACUUGAAGGAACAAACAGCCCCUGAAAAAGAUCUGUUAUUCCAUUUUUUGUGGCCAGUAAACUUGAAUCUGUUGGUCUUUUUAUAAAAACUCUUUCAUGAUUUGAAAAAUGUAGCAUGGGAAAACAGAAGAACAUACAUUUAAAAUUAUUCCUGUUAUAAUUUAAAUGUCAUGAUAUUACACUGUUUACAGAUGCCAUAAUGAAAAUUUACUAUUUUUUGCUAGGAAUGACUUCGCAACUGGACAUAAGAUAGCUUGGAACAUUAAGCCUUAGUAAAUUUUGUAGUCCAGCCUCUAGUUUUAAGUGCUGAUGUACUUGAUGGCAGGAGUGUUUUAGUGAAUGAGAACAGGAUUGUUUUCAAAAGGAAGAUAAAAUGCCAAAGGUGAGAUCAAGAAAUUCUCUGUCAGAAGCACUAAUUUUCUUUUCAAAAGAGAAUUAUUUGAAAAGUAAUUUGAAAAGAAAUUUCUUGGAGCACUCUUCCUCAGUCUCUUUUUCCCAGAUGUUAAUGUGUCUCAGUAUUUAAUUUCAGUGCAUGUCUCUCCCUUCUACCUUAAUCUCCCGACUCUCCUCCACAGUCUGGCUGUGGUGACUCACAAACAGCAGCACACUGAAGGAUCAUUCUUAAAAUAGACAAAAAUACAGGUCUUCCAUAUUCUGAAUGAUACCAUGGAAACAAAGUUUCCUAUUUUCUUCCUGAAGGGCUAAUAUAAAGAAUAAAGAGAUGGGAAAAAGAAGACCAUAUUUUAUAUUGAAGAUAUUCUAGCUUUGUUCAGCCAUGAGAGGAGUAUGGGGGACACGGUGCUACAAAACCACCUGGGGUAAAACAAGCAGUUAACAGGCAGGAAUACUUUGUCUUAAGCCAAGCAGUAAGCAGAAGCCAGAGAGUUACCAUCACUUAGUGAUUAAGAUUGUGUACUGUCACUGGUGUUAUAUUAAGGAAAAAUGCAAAAACUACCACUGGCCAUGUUUAUCUACUGACACAGAGCACACAUGUCCUGUUUCCUGCAGUGACCAGGUGGGUAAAUCUUCAUCCAAAAUGUCCCUCCUGUUUCCAAGGAGCAUCUUUUCUGAAGUUAAACACAUCUAUGUAACUGCAAUUCCAGACAUUGUUACAGUAAGCAUGGGAACAGCAGAUACUAAAGGACACCUUACCAAUGUGCCUUUGCUCAUUCUGGUCACAGAGUCAUAUUCUAUUUUGUUUAACCUGUAUUCACAUUCCACUAGCAGGAGGUUACUUUAAAGAGAAUUAAGGGAGAACUCAAAUACCUCAAAUAUUCUCUUAGUUUUAAUAGAAGAGGAUUAGACAUUUUUAACUGUUACAUUUUAUUAUCCAUUUUAAUAGCAUGAGAUAGAACUAUUAAGUGAUGAUUUUGGCUGAGUAACUGUAAAGCUCAUGGGUUGUUUUCUUGGGUUGUUUUUGUUUUAUUUUGGGUUUCUUUGUGUCAGUUUAUAUUUAAUCAUUGGAAUUUCCAGACUUGAGAUUGUUAUCACAGAUGGAGUAAGAAAGUGCUGUAACAAUUAUUUAUAACCGUUAAUGGCAGAACUCUGACAUGCUUUGCAGUUGUAAUAUGGGAUUCUGUGAUCAUUUGGAUCAGCAUGUGUUGGAUCUGGAGAGCCUUGUCCAUUAAUGGAAUGUUCCUUACCUUCUCUGCUUUCUGACUGGAAAACUUUAAAACUUGCAAUAUCUAAGUAAGUUUAGGUAAUUUUAAACACACAGUGAAUCAUCUGUGCCUUUGAUGAUUUUUUUUUAAGGCUGUGCCUUGGGACUUAUUGAAGGCAAAAUUCUCCAUCUUUUCCCAUUGCUUGAAGGUCAGGCUAGGCAGAAUCAUUUAGAGGUAAAUGCUCCUCCACUAAAUCCAGCUAUGAGGGAUAUUGAUUUGGUGCAAUUCUUGUUAUUUUACUGGAGAAAGGGUUUGGAUUGAAUAAGACAAGGCAGAAAGGUGACACAGUCUGUGUGCUGAAGAUCUGCUGUGCACAGAAAUGCCAAAGCUGCACAACACGAGAAGGAGGAGGAGGAGGCAAUUUCUCAGCAGUGAGCUGGUAAAGGUAAUGCUGCUUUCAUCCAUAGGAAGUGCCAGUUCAGUUAGUUUUAUUUAAUGCUGGGCUAAAGAUAGGGAAUAUUUCCUUGUCCCAUUAAAUUUGGUGGCAGAGUUGGUAUUACAUAAUGAAAUUGAGUUUUCAUCUGAGCUCUAAGAAAGCUGAGUGUUGAAAAGGGAUCAAGGCAGUUGCACAAAGAAUUACUUGUCAUUAGUGGUUUUUUUUAAUUUGUUCAAAAUUUGCUGUACAAUCUUGCAAAACUUAUUUGUUAAUUAUGAAAAGUCUAUGCAGAUGGCAGUCAAAUCUAGGGGUGGGAGGGAAGAAAAAUUCCUUUAUUACUUCUUAGCUUAAGAUGGAAGCAGCAUAUUGUAUGUACUCAGAAGAAAGGCAAUAUAAUUCAGUGAAAAUAUAGAUUAGGAUGGCCCACACCUGAAGUUUACAAAAGUAAGAGAAGUAAUACUUAAUCUAACUUAGUAUAGCUUUUUUACAAAGCCACAGUUUUUAAAACAAUUAGAUACUGUGUAUUUUGAGAUGCUGGAAGGACAUAGUACUGAGUUAGCAAGAGUUCUUUAUGCUGAGAAUAGCAGCAAAACUCCUUGUAAAAUUAUUUUUUUAAAGAUAUGUUAACACACAUACUAGAGGUCAGCUUACUACUGUUUUCAAGUGUUAGUAAAUUCUAAAUAUGUUAAUCGUGAAAGGUUCCCUUUAAUUUUUGCUACACUCAAGUGUGUGGACAUUGGAAGUUUUAUAGUGUAUUUUCUGGGAGGGUGAAAAAAAAUUGGAAAGCUGAAGGCUCAAGAUGUGACAGCAUGUUCAGCAUUUUGAGUGAGGAGUACAGUUGUUGCCAUAAUUUGUACCUGUCCAGGGACACAUCAACUGUUGAAAAUAGAAUGCACCUGACAUUUGCAGAAAUAAUGUUUUAUCAUACUUUAAUUUAGAAGUUAAAUACCAAAAUAAAAUAUUUUUUGUUCCAUUUCACUCAUUGGGCUUUUCUUACACUAUUAAAAAGAAAUGGCUUAAAAGUGCAAAGGUUUUUUCCUGCACACUUUGAGUGCAGCUCGACACAACCCACAAGCAGUCAGACCUGCUAACUGCUGUGCAUGCCCUACAGCUGGGAGAGAGCAGCUAGUUUGAUGGGGCUUUAUUAUAGUCAAGCAACUCUAAGAAAUUUUAACUUCUAAAACUUCUGUAUGGGAUGGACUGGGUUGGAUUUUAUUUUAUUUUUUAAUAAAAUUGCCUUAAUACAAUUUUUUGUAAUUGUUUUCCUAUAUCCUCCCUGAAGGUCUCCUAGCAGUAGUACAUGGUUGUUAUGCAUGCCAAGUGAAACAAUUCAUGUCCACAAAACUGUAAUAACCUGGUCUGGAUUCAUUUUGUCAAACAGGAUAAAUACUUAA